GUCACACGCUGUUCCCAGUUCGCCCGCAUAGACUAUGGCACACUAGUCCACGCGGCGCUGAGCCGGGAGACGGACAGUGUGCACAUCUCCGUGUACCUCUUCAACGUCACCAACGCCGAUCGGUUUGCCAGCGGGGAGGACUCCAAGCUGCGAGUGCAGGAGAUUGGGCCCUUUACUUACCAAGAGAACCGUACCAAUGAAGACAUGGAGAUCGACCGCGAGGCCGGCGUGAUGCGGUACACCCCGCGACACAAAGUCACCUUUCUGCCUGAGGAGUCGGUCGCCAGCCCACACGAUGUCAUCGUCACCAUGCCCAAUAUAGCACUGCUGAGCAUGGCUUCUGCAGCGAGUGAUUACGGCUACUUUGCUAAGGUUGGUUUCAACCUGCUGGCCGACCGGUUGCGCAGCAACGCGACUGUCACCAUGUCCGCCCACGACUACCUCUGGGGGUACGACGAGCCGCUCAUCAGGCUCGGCAACCAGUACCUGCCAGGGUGGAUCAACUUCAAGACAUUGGGGCUGCUAGACAGAAUUGUAUUGUAUUGUAUACGAAAUAAAAUUGUUUUUCAGCUAUAUGAUAAAAACGCGACCCACAGAAUAGAGAUUAGCACGCGAGAUGAGAAGAAGUUCAUGAUCAGGUCGGUCAACGGAGCUAAAGGCCUCAAGCAGUGGGGGUAUCCAGAAACUAAAAUUCCAUCCCGUCACCACACAUCCAUCUUCGGUAUAUCCCUUAUUAAACUUCUCUUCCUCUUCAGAUCCCAAUGCAACACCUUCACCAACGCCUACGAGGGUCUCGGCUACCCUCCAGAAAUGACCCCGAAGCGACCUGUAAAGAUCUACCGGAACGUUCUCUGCCGGUUCUUGGAGCUGGACUACGUUGGCACCAAGACCAUGGAGUAUGGGGGCAAGGGCUUGGAGUACAAAGUCAGUAACAAGAGCUACAGUUUGAUCCCUGAGAAUAAGUGUUUGUGUCCCAAGGGUACCUGUCUAGAAGGAGUGUCGGACUUGGCACCUUGCUUGUACGGUCUGCCAGUAGUCCUGUCCAACGCUCAUUUCUUGGACGCAGACCCGUCGGUGUACGAGCGGGUUGAGGGGAUGAACCCCAGUGAGGAGCUGCAUGGCAGUGAGUUCAUCAUAGAGCCGAUAAUCGGCUUGGUGCUGACCACCAGGUUCUCUGUGCAGCUGAACGUGCUGGUCUCCGACGUGACCUUCAACUCCAACAUCCAGCGGUACUCCAACAUGCCAGUACCCAUCGCUUACUUCAAAAUUGUCCAGCCAAAGUUACCGGCCGACCAAAUAACAUCAGUCAGACUGAUGCACGUGUACGGUCCCUACCUGCUCAUAGCUCUACAAUUCAUAUUAGUAUCGAGCUCAGUAUUCCUGAUAUCACAUCCGCUGAGACUCAUUUAUUGGAACUGGGUUACUUCUAGAAGAAAAACAAUUGAAAGUGACGUGUUGAAUGUGAAGGACGUGCCUACUACUGAGCCUUUGAUAGAGGGCUAUGAGAAAACUUAA